GUGUGAGUGUGUGCUGUGUAUCUGCUUUUAUUGUGGUUGAUUAACCAAUGUGAAAUCCUAUUUUGGUUCUAAGUCAUCAUUCGAAUAGUUUUUGCAUAUGCUCUCAGUUUCCCGAUCGCUGAUCAUUUUCGAGAACCAACCAUUUGAACAUAUCGGACAAUGAGUGACGCGGAUUUGGAACGUAUUCGGCAACAGCGGAUGGCCCAAAUGCAAUCUCAAUUUGGUGGUGGCAAUGAUGCUGAAAAGCAGAAGGCACAGGAAGACCGACAGCGACAACAGGAAGAUGCAAAAAAUUCCAUGCUGUCACAGCUAUUAGAUCAAAACGCACGAGCUAGACUGAAUACGCUUAAGAUUAGCAAGCCGGAGAAAGCUCAAAUGGUCGAAGGAAUGAUUAUUCGAAUGGCUCAAUCGGGUCAAAUACCCGGUAGACUGGACGACGAACAAUUGAUUCAGCUGUUGGAAAGUCUGAAUCAGCAAAUGCCCAAAAGCAAUUCGACGGUCAAAUUCGAUCGACGUAGAGCUGCCAUGGAUUCCAGUGAUGACGAAGAUUAUGGUUUAUGAGUGAGGAGCAAUUGAAGAGACAAUGUGGAAUGUCACACCUAUUCGCACGUUUCAUGUAUCAUGUACACAUUUACUCAAUCCUCAUCACUACACAACUUUUAACGGUAAAAUGUGUGUGUUGCUUACAAUUAAAAAAAUUUAAAUUUCGAAAAGAAACAGCUUAGUUCACAGAA